GGAUUAAGCUUCUUCUUCCAGACCCGACAAAUGAUAAGUUAUAGUCGCGACAGCCUCCCCCAUUGGCCCUUUCUCCUGUGAUAUCUCACCUUCUGUCGCCUCCAGCGAUGCACUAGCCCCGUGAUCUGGUGUUCCUGCUUGUACACUUACUGCUAGGUGCGUUAGGCGUUGGGGAUAUCAUCAGCAACCGGCGCCGGUGCUGGGCGGUACGGGCGAGGAGAGCUCUGCGAUGUCACCUCAUGUCUUGGGAGCAUCUCGUAUGUUCGCGCAUGGAAAUGGAUAGGUAGGCCGGUACCGUAGGUAUGGGACUCAUAUAAUUGUGUGCUCAAUGUCUUCCCUGGCCGUGCAAGUCUCCGUCUGUCAACUCUUCUUGUUCCUGUUGUGUUUUUGCUCAAUUCUGUCGUUUGGGGAUCCCCCUUUGGUCGGUCAUUACCUUGAUACCAACUUCUAAAGACAUUCGAUUUCCAGCUGGCUGGAGGUCAUGUUAUGCAUCAUCACUAAUUCUAAUACUGUUACGUCACUCAUUACUCUUCCCAUCGCGUGUCCCUGCAUUACUUAAGGCCAAUCAAAUACCGAAUUACAUAAUGGAGCUCUCUCGGUUUUCGUGCCUUCUUGGACUCCUUAUCCCGUAUUCCCUUGCCUUACAAGUCACGCCUAAUUCCCCUUGCGCUUCAUUCUGCAUUGACUCCGAAGGUGACGAUGUCUCUGAUCCCAAUUCCUCGACUACAACGAAUAAAGAUAUAACAUGUUACGAUUCGAAGUACAUAUCCUCACCCGUGGGCCAGAAGUUCCAAAGGUGUAUAAGCUGUCUGCAGGACAGCACGUUCUCUCAGGGGAAAGAGACUGACCAACUCUGGUUUUUUUAUAACCUCAGAUAUACCUUUGACAAUUGUAUAUUUGGCUUCCCUCAUGCAGUAGGCAUUCCGUCCACCCCAUGCUCCACGUCCACAGCCUGCGGAGCAUUGGAGAAUGCCUUGACCCAAGACGGUCUAAAUCCUAACUCACUGGACUACUCGUUCUGCGACGUUGACGGCGGAGCCAUAACCAGCUCUUCACUCGAAAAGUGCGCCUCUUGCGUCAGUGCCUCUGAGGAUCAAGGCUUUCUAGUUAACUACCUAGUUGCACUCGAGGCGGGCUGUAAUCAGCGACCGAAAGCCGGAACAGCAAUAGGACUGACCGAUACGGUCUUUGCUCCUACUACGAUCAGUGCUACCAAGUCUUCCUCAAAAGAUGCCGAGGAUGACCAAGCCGCUGUCCCAACAGCCACAAUUGUUGGGAUCGCUGUCGGUGCCUCAGUCGUUGCCUUAUUGAUUGCCGGCUUGUUCUUCAUCUGCUAUCGGAAACGGCGAAAUCGACGCCUCAUCCUUGAGGGUGGUGAGAGAAGCAGCUCCCGACGAAGCCAUCGCCGCACUACAUCCCCUCUUUCCUUCCGUUGCCAAGCUCGAACUCCGCGAUCUCCCGUUUUCUUCCCAAGUCAAUCGCACAUUCAGAUCGAAGACGAGGAAAAAUACUGCUCGAACCCAAGCCUCGCGCUGGGAUCCCACCGCGUCACUCCCGAAAAGGUAACAUCAAGGACACCGCCAGCACAUUGGCAGCCCCGAGUCACUGCCCCAGUACAAUCUCGCCCACUAGCCGCUCGACAGUCGCUGCAUAACAUAUCGACUGCGGCACCCACUGUACCAGAUAGUGUCCACCAUUCCACCUCACCAAAAGCAGCCUGGUUCUCUCCCCAUGAAGAGACGCCCGUCAGCACAACGAGUACGGGAAGCACAGCGAACCUCUUACCGCUGCGAGUCUACAACCCGGCUGAAUACGGCGUGUCUUCGCCGCAUAUAGGUAGCUCUAUCGAUGGGUCGUAUACAAGCCCUACGUCGGCGUCGACAGCGAGCCCCCUGAUAAGUCGGCUCUGGGAAAAACAGAACCCAGACUCCAUGUCUCCUAUAUGGGAGGUGCCGCAGCGCGAGACCGCCAUUCUGAAGCCGAGGGCUGCGGGCGCUCUGGAGCGUAUCCGAGUCCCGUCUAGUCCGGGAAAGAGAAGGGUUAGCAACAGUGGCAGUCCGGUUGAAUCCCAACAGAUCAAUAUGAGUUUUCCUGGACCGCCUAGCCCGGGAGUCCGUUGGGGACGGACAUAAGGGUAUGGAAGGUGUAUGUGUAGGAUUGGAAGUAAUUUGACCUAAUGGGAUAUCCCUUUUUAUUGAUGCCUUCUGCCGAAGGGGAUGUUGAGAUGGUUCUUGGUUCCUUCAUGCUGGGUUGUGUCAUAUGAUAAGAUCAUCAUUGAUCGUGUAGACACGUACGUUAGGGUCUCACAACAUUUCGGUUCCUGGCUGGAAGUAGUCACUAGCUAGCAUCGAAUAGAUGCAUAAGUAUAAACACCUUGGAAUUAUUUGAACUGAAAGCAGAUGGACGAAAGAUGAGAUGAUGAUCAAGGGAGUAGAAGGGCUAAUGUGGUAGCAUGGAGACACAUCAUAACAAAUUGGCUACACUGUCGCCUACUGUUUGCUGUUCAUUGGCCACAUAAUUGUUUUGCAACCUACUGCUAGAAGAGUUUACGAGCUUAAUAGCGCCACGGAAAAGAAUAUAACACCUUCAGGGCA